AUGAAGUAUGAGGAGAGAAUAGGGGCUGCUGUGAGGCCCCAGGAGGCUGUUGACAUCCUAAACUGUAUGAUGAGGUGUGGGAUGAAUGACUUGAAUAGCAUUGGGUGUAUGUUUACCUGGAAUAAUAAGCAGCAGAAGGACAAUAGGGUAUUCAUCAAAUUAGACAGGGUCAUGGUAAAUGAGGCAUGGGAGGAAGCUUUUCCAAGUGCAGCUGCACACUUCAUGCCAGAGGCAAGUUUUGACCAUAGCCCAAUGAUUGUGAAUGUCUGCUCACAACUACAAACUUAUAGACAACCUUUCAAGUACUUUACCAUGUUGAGCUCAGUUGGGAAUUUCCAAGAGAUUGUGAGAGCAUGCUGGAAUACUAGAAUUGAGGGCACCUCCAUGUUUAAAGUGGUGUGCAAAAUGAAACUUGUGAAAAAAGCUAUGAAGAAACUGAAUGCUGAGGGCUUUAAUGAUAUACAUGUUGUUGAGAUCAAGGCUUUGCAUAACUUAUCAAGAUGCCAGGCAGAUCCUCAGGAUGAUAUUACAAAUUCAGUUAAAAAGGAGGCAGAACAUAAUGCAAAUGUGGAGUAUAGAAGAGUGCAUAAGCUAUAUAUGUCCUUCCUAAGCCAAAAGGAAAAAUUGAGUUGGUGCAAGGAGGGAGAUGAAAAUUCCCACCUUUUUGACCAAUCUAUCAAAGCACGAAGAAUUAAAAACAGUGCAUAUGCUAUAAAUGACAGUGCUGGUGAGUGGCAAGAUGAACCUCAAAAAGUCAUAGAUGCUUUUUUAAGAUACUAUGAAGAAUUGCUUGGCAAUACUAUGGCUGAUAGAGUUCCAGUAAAGAAGGUGGUAAUUGAGAGGGGUCCAAUGCUCACUAAAGACCAGAUUCAAGUACUGUGUAGACCAUUUGAUGUUGAGGAAGUAAAUAAGGCAGUUGGGUCUAUAUCUGGGGAGAAAGCUCCUGGUCCUGAUGGUUUUGGGGGCUUUUUCCACAAAGAUACAUGGGCUAUAAUUGGAUAG